AAAAUAUUUCGAAUAAAUUUCGGGUUUUCUAUAAGUUUGAGACUGAAAAAUGAAGUGGUCUACGGCUAAUUUAAAAAGUCCCAACUAUUCAGAAAAUCAUGAGUUAUACGUUGGCACCAGUACCGGCACAUUCAAAAUGAAUAACAUGCAAUGAAUAGCAUACAUUCCGACAACAACAAGCCAAAAAGUCGAAAAGUAAAGUAAAGUAGAAAAGACGUCGCCAAAAUAUGCGCUAUUACUCGACCGACCAGCGCAUAAUAAAAACCCACUCAACACAUUUGACAUUCCACGGCGUAUAUCCGUAAGUAGUUACGCUCAUCACUCGGCGGCAAAUCAUCCGUCAACGCCGAACAGCUGAGCAGUCAAGGCGAUAACCGCUAAGUAACCUAAUAAAGCAGAGCGUGCGAAACGCUGUCAGCCACUACACCACACUUUAACUCACCAUCACAGCAUGUUUGUGUCGGCGCUGCUCGGCCCCGGCGUGCCGGUGGCCGCACACGUCUCGACCACAACGUCACGCACACUCUACAUGAACGUCGCUGGCCAAGCCGUGGCCUCUGCCAUCAGUAAGCUGGCGGCGAGCACCAGCCUCAGCCUCGAUGACGGCCUGCGCAACCAGAGUGCGCUGGGUGGCGAUGAUGCGGACAUCGAUCCCGCCACGGAUUAUGUGCCACCCGAACAACGACCCGAAACCUAUAUUAUCACCGUGUUGUUUGCGCUCAUCUUUAUUGUUGGCGUUUUAGGUAAUGGCACUUUGGUGAUAAUAUUCUUUCGGCAUCGCUCCAUGCGCAACAUUCCCAACACCUAUAUACUGUCGCUGGCCUUGGCCGAUCUGCUGGUCAUUAUCAUUUGUGUGCCAUUGGCCUGCAUCGUCUAUACACAGGAGAGUUGGACAUUCGGCGCCGAGAUGUGCCGCAUCAGCGAGUCCUUCAAAGACAUUUCCAUUGGUGUCUCGGUGUUUACACUGACCGCCCUGUCUGGCGAGCGCUACUUCGCUAUUGUGAAUCCGUUGCGAAAAUUGCAGACAAAGCCUUUGACCGUUUUCACCGCCUCCAUGAUCUGGAUUGUGGCCAUUCUGCUGGCGGCGCCAUCUUUUAUUGUGUCCGACAUCCAAGAGAUAUACAUUCAACCAAGCAAGAAUAGCGAUAAUUUGACAAUUAUCGUUUGCUCACCAUUCGGACGUAACCGCACAAAUAGUGAUUCCUAUGCCAAAUACACGGUGAUCUGCAAGGCUUUCAUCUAUUAUCUACUGCCGCUGUCCAUCAUCGGUGCCCUGUACAUUCUCAUGGCCAAGCGUUUACACACUAGUGCACGCGAAAUGCCCGGCGAGGCGUUGGGCAUGCAAAGCCGGUCGCAGGCGCGAGCGCGUCGUCACGUGGCGCGAAUGGUGGUCGCCUUUGUUGUGAUAUUUUUCGUCUGCUUCUUCCCAUACCAUUUAUUCGAGCUGUGGUUCCACUUAAAUCCCACGGCUAAAGAGGACUUUGAUGACUUCUGGCACGCCAUUCGCAUAAUUGGAUUCUGUGCAAGUUUUAUGCACUCAUGCGUCAAUCCCGUUGCAUUGUAUUGCGUCUCCGGCGUGUUUCGGCAGCACUUCAAUCGCUAUUUGUGUUGCUUGUGCAUCAAGCGGCAGCCGCACCUCCGCCAACACUCCACGGCGACGGGCAUGAUGGACACGAGCAUCAUGUCGAUGCGGCGCUCCACCGUCAGCAAUUACAAUCGCGCAUCGCUGCACAUCAACAACAAUAGGGGCGGCGCCAAUGGCGGCGGAGCUAGCGCUGAGGGCGCCUUUCAAUGCCAAGCCUCCAUGCAGCUGCACCACAGCGUCGCCGUGCAGAACAACGGUACAGGUAGCGGCAGCGGCGUGGGCGCCGCCAGCGACAAGAGGUGAGACACGGUGGUAUUGAUGCUGCAAGCGGACGAAUUUCUUUAAAUGUGUCGAGCACUGUGAGAUUCUUGUGAAUACACACACACAUACGCGUACGCACUUCGGCACAACACACCCAAUGUCGUUACGUGUACAUGUACUACCUUGAUGAGGUUCUUAGAUAAAUUAAUGAGUGGCUCGGCUCGCGCCUUCAUCAUGGCGAUUAAGUUUAUUAGUGUUAUUGUUGUACAUAAUUAGUGUUAUUGUAAUGAUGAGAAAUCGCAUUGUGUAGUGCAAUUAAAUGCAUACCAAUGAAGCGCUAUGAUUUAAGUUGAAAGGCGAGCAUAGGGGGUUGCCACCUGACUGGAGUCCUUAAUACGGGCGCAUAGUGCAGCUAUGAUUUAGCAGUGAUUUAAGCUAAGAAUAAUGCGAAUUGGAGGACAGGUGUUUACGUACGAAUUUGAUAUUUCCAUUACUUGCAGUUAGCCGAGGAGUCGCUUCACUAUGCUCAAGAGUCUAAGAGCUGUUUGUAACUAUUUAUGUUAAUAUAAUAAAGUUCCGGUUGGCAUAAAUAGUUUGUCGAGCAAAAGUUGAAUAUGGCAUUUUAAAACCCAUUUCAAAAGAGAUUAAUUUCUUUUUAUCUCCUGAUAUAUGAAUUCAAGCGAAUGUAUGUUACUAUGUCUUUAAACUUUUUGCCCAUGUAUACAGCACAGCUUUGCUCGUCAGUGUAUAAGCUAAUGUAAGCUUAAUGUAUAUUUGAAUAAUAAUAAUACAUUUAAAGUGUGAGUUGAGAAUGGUAUAUAUUUUAAUAACUAGUUUAGAGAGUAUAUAAUAAUACUAUAUGGAAAAAUUUCAAAUUAUAUAAUCUGAAAAAGAGGAAUAUUUUUGUAAUUUGUUUAAUUGAACUUACGCACUUUUUCCUAACUGUGCACCGAUUAUUAGAUAUACAUAUAGAUAUAUAGAGUUAAGACUUUUUACAUUAAAUCCGUUUGUUGUUGUAGCGUGUGUGUCCCGUAUAUACAAAGUAUAUGCGAGUCCAUGCGUGAAUAUCUGUGUAUAUGUGUAAUUGCUAAUUAUCUAACUGUGAAUAUAUAUAUAUAUAUAUACGUGUAUUUGUAAAAAAGGAUAACUGUUUAACUUGCAUAUGCGCCGUACUUUUUUGUUAGGCGGUAAGCAUACAAUUACUUAACUGUAUAUAAAAAUAGCAAAACAAAAACAAAAGGAAAAGCGAGUAAUGCAUCACAGAGCUCGAACGUGUUGAUCCGGAGGAUAUGCACAUGAACACAUACAUACAUGUGAAUACACGGUAAAAAUAGAUUAAUUGUGCACACGCACACCUAUGUACAUACAUGCACACAUAUUAUUGUUGUGUUAGACUUAAGCAUACUGUUUAAUUUAUUUCAUUUUAUGCCGACGAUAUGGCAACAUUCCCUUCAACCACAUUCUUAUUGUUUGUAAGUAAUUUAAGCGAGUAAAUAGUACACACACACAAACACAUGCUUGUAUAUAUAUAUAUAUGUAUAUGUAUCUAUCUAUAUGUAAACAUAAGUAAAGUAAAUGUAUUUAUGCUAAUAAUAAAUAAUGAAACGCAACAGACACAAAUGCAAACAAACACCGAAGCUGCUUUU